CCAUCAUCAGCAGCAGCAGGACGCACAUGUCGCGUGUGUUGUUGCUGAUGUGCAGCAGGAUUGCGUGAUACCACCGCGGGCACGUUGCGGGGCAGUGAGCGCUGCGGCACCGCAGACACAGAGUGUCUCUCAUCGGGAGAAUUCAUUUGUCAGAAUCAUAAGUUUGUGCAGGAGCCGGACGCGUCCCGCGGCUCCAUCAGGCGGCUGCUUCUCCUCCUCUGGACCGACGGCCUUGAAGCCCCACCCCCCCGAGCGGCGCCAUGAGCCCCAAGGCGUGUAAGAACUGCGGGAGCUCGGACAUCGACGUGGACCAUGCGCGCGGCGACGCCGUCUGCAUGGGCUGCGGCUCCGUGCUGGAGGACAACAUCAUCGUGUCCGAGGUGGAGUUCGUGGAGACGGGGGGCGGAGGGUCGUCGGCGGUCGGACAGUUCGUCUCCUCGGAAGAGGGAGCCAGGAAUCCGUCUUUCGGAGAUUCCCACAUCAAUGGGAUGGGACGGGAGUCUCGAGCUCAGACGCUGCAGAAAGCCAAACAGCACAUCAACACUCUGGGCCACCAGCUGCAGAUGAACCAGCACUGUUUGAACACGGCCUUCAACUUCUACCGGAUGGCGCUCGGCAAGCACCUGACCAGCGGCCGCAAGGCGUCGCACGUCAUCGCCGCCUGCCUGUACCUGGUGUGCCGCACCGAGGGGACGCCGCACAUGCUGCUGGACCUCAGCGACAUCGUGCAGGUGAACGUCUACAUCCUGGGAAGAACCUUCCUCGUCCUGUCCAGAGAACUGUGCAUCAACGCCCCGGCUAUAGACCCGUGCCUGUACAUCCCCCGCUUCGCCCAGCUGCUGGAGUUUGGCGAGAAGAACCACGAUGUCGCCAUGACGGCGCUGCGACUGGUGCAGAGGAUGAAGAGGGACUGGAUGCACACGGGACGACGGCCGUCGGGGCUCUGCGGAGCAGCUCUUCUCGUCGCCGCUCACAUGCACGAGUUUCGCCGCACCGUCAAAGAAAUCGUCAGCGUUGUGAAGGUGUGCGAAACCACACUGAGGAAGAGACUGACGGAGUUCGAGGACACGCCCACAAGUCAGCUGACCAUCGAGGAGUUCAUGAAGGUGGAUCUGGACCAGGAGUGCGACCCGCCCUGCUUCACGGCCGGACUGCGGAAGAGGAAAGUCCAGCAGCUGGAGAUCGAGCUGAAGAAAAAGAUGGAUGACGUCGAAGAUGAAAUCCACGGCUACGAGGACGAAAUAGACGCAGAGCUCGAGAGCAGCCGACCCAAACUGAGAGGAGUGUACGCCUCCUACGUUAAAGAAGGUAAAACUGAGAUCCAACACGAUGAAGAAUCUGAAGUCCCCUCCACGCCGACCAGAAAGGAAUCCGACGGGGGAUCCCAGGACGAAGACGAGCUCCAGGCCGUGGCCAAGCACUUUGGCAAAGACAUGUGCGAGCUGACGAUGGAGGCUCUGCUGAAGCUGGAGCGACGGGGACUGGAGGAGGAGGAAGAGGAGCCGGAGGAGCAGGAGGAGGGCGGCGGCGGCGGCGUCCCGAAGAGGAAAGGCCCGUCGCUGGAGUCCAUCCUGGGCCCGAUGCCCACGGCGUCCACCCUGGGCCUGUCCGAGUCCAUCGGCACCUGCAUCGGAGACGGGAAGGAGAACGAUGGCGCGGCCGACAGCGGCGAGCUGGACCUGAGCGGCAUCGAUGACGGCGAGAUAGAGCUGUACCUGCUGGAUGACAGAGAAGUGAAGAUCAAGACGGCGCUGUGGAUGGCAGAGAACUCCGACUACCUCAAAGAGCAGAGAGAAAAGGCGGCGAAGAUAGCGAAGGAGAAGGAGCUCGGGAUCUACAAGGAGAAGAAGCCGAGAGGCCCCUCCAAGAAGCGCGACCCGAUCCGAGCGAGCACCGCCGACGAGGCCAUCGGCAAGAUGCUGGAGCAGAAGAAGAUCUCCUCCAAGAUCAACUACGACGUGCUGAAGGACCUGAACAUCAAACCCUGCCCGAGCCCGGCCCGCUCGGCCGAGUCCCCGAUCAAGAAGGAGCCGUCCGCCGCCGCCAAGCUGACGGGACGCAGCCGCCACCCGGCGCGAGCGCCGCUGAGCCUCAGCACGCCGCUCAGCACUCUGGGAAAAAGGUUGCAGCCGUUCAUCACCGGACAGCCCAACAAGAAGAUGGCCGUGGAGCAGGUUGCCUCGUCCAACCCCCUGCCGGUGCCCGUGGGAGCCCCCGGUGGCGGUGGCGGCGGCGGUGGCAGUGGCGGCGCCGGCGCGGUGGUGGUGGUGGUGGAGAGCGGGCCGGUCCACUACGAUGAUGCGGCCGCUGAGGACGAAGAGGAGGAGGAGGAGGAGACCUGCGUCAGCGCCAUGGAGAUGAUGGGCAGCAACGAUUACGGCUGCGACGGAGAUUACGACGACGGCUUCUAGCGGCGGACCUCCCUGGAAUACUUUGAACCUUAGACUUGAAUCCCCGACUGUGUCAAACGUUUACAACCGGAGGCAACAAAACGGCCGCGGAUGAGAACCGCGAUGCCGAGAGGAGGAACGUGUGCCGGCGGAGCAAUCAAUCGCACUCCUGGUCGGACGACUUGGCUCCUCGUCUGGACCGGAGAGACGACGUGGGGACGGGAAAGAGAGGAAACACUCAGCACAGGUUCGAGGAUUUGCAGGUUAAAGCGCAUUAAGGCUAAAACUGGGAUAAACAUUUGUACAGUGAGGUCACAUGUAGUCGUGUAAAUGCUGCUAACUCAAAGUUUAUUUCAAAAAAGAAAGAAAUGCUGCGGAUAUUUCUCUGCAGGAUACGUCUCUUGAUUUUAACCUUGCAAAUAGUUUGGUUGAAGUUAUGAGGCUCAGUGCAGCAUGAAAGACAAAAACACUGUCGUCCCUCCAAACCUGCACUUUGCAUCCAUCAACAUCCAAGUUCUUCCAGUUCUUCCUUGCCUCCUCGUCCCGUCUCCGAGCUUGUGUUUCUGCACGUGACAGACGAGCAUCAGGUAGCGUGAGAUCAAUCUUCUUCUUCAUCGUCGUCGUCAUCAUCAUGUGUUUUUUAUGUCGCAUCAGUAUUUGUUUGGUGGGCGGACGCGUGACGUCUGCUCCUCCCGAAGCCAAAGUAUAUCACGACGACGUUGCCUUCUGAACAGCUUCCCGGGUCUUUGUGCCAAUGUUUGAGAUGUUGUCGAACCGAAAACGGGCGAGAUUUUAAUUUUAAGUGGAAUAACUCUAAGGAACACGACGGUUGGAUUGGUUUUUAUUUUAGUGUUUCCCCGUAGUUUUUUUUUUUUUUUGUGAGAUUUAAUUUAAUUCCUUAUCGUUUGAUUUAUGUUAAUUAUUCUUUACGACGUCCUGUCACGUUCCGCAGGCACGUUGAGAGACCGGACGGAUUAUUGUACUUUCCAGUGGAAUGAUGAGGGAGCCCAAUCGGGAGAGAAGACUAUUAUGGUACUGGAGGUUUUAUGGUUUUUGUUUUUGAAAACUGAUCUUUGGGAGGUUGAAAGAUGAUUGUGGCCUUUUCACUGUGUCCUCACCACAAUAUUUAAUGAGGCGUGUUUUUGGUUUUUUUCGCCUCCUCGCUGCUGCUACAAGUCCUGAUGUUACAUCUGCAUAUUGUUGUGUGACUUUGCUGCUACAGUAAAAAAAAAUUCACUACAUGGA